AUGGCGGCUUUGAGUUCGUCAGGAUCAUCACAGAAAGACGAAUACAGUAUUGAGGAGGUGUCUCCAGAAGGGCGAUACGUAAGGUACCACAAAAUCAUAGCAAGAAGUGGCACCAGAACAGUUUAUAGUGGGUUCGAUAAGUUUACUGGUAAAGAAGUUGCUUGGUGUAAGACAACAGAGUUGUCAGACAAAUUUAAUCGAAUAUCGUCUCAUCCGACUUUCCCAGAAGAUAACAUAAUGAAACUGUACCAUUCUUGGACACCCGAUGAUACCCUUGAAGCCCGUAACACGAUUACUGAGCAUUUUAGUUCAGGAAAUCUGAGAGAGUACAUCAGCAAACAUACUCUCGAUGACAGUAAUACCGCGAUCAAGAACUGGUGUCGACAGAUUCUAAGCGCGUUGCAUCAUCUUCACACGAAGCAUAAUAUACCGGUAGUUCAUCGAGAUUUGAAGCUUGAAAAUAUCUUUGUUAAUGGAAAUGUGGGCAGAGUUAAGCUCGGAUAUUUCGGGUUCGCGUUGCAUCUUGAUGAUGAAAAAAGGUACACUGGCUAUGAUGGUAUUCCAGAAACACUGUCGCCGGAUAUCUUAAGCAAGGCAGAUUAUUUCGAGGAGACUGAUAUAUUCUCUUUUGGGAUGAGUCUAUUACAGAUACUGUCUAAGGAAGUGCUGUACAGCGAAUGCGAGAACAGAGAAUUCGUUUUCUACAAGAUUAAGAAAUGUAAACCGCCUGCUGUGUUAUACAGUGUGAAGGACUCCAAGAUUACGCAGUUCAUUAUUAAGUGUCUGCGUCAUAGAUCAGACAGACCAAAGGCAAAUAACCUUCUGGAGAACUCAUUUCUUGCAGACGAAGAUGUUCCUGUAACAUCGACAGCAGCAGGUAUCAGUGCUGCUACAGUUCAGACUCUAAGAGAGACUGUGCGCGAUUAG